AUGUCUAGUAAAAAUACAAGUUUCAAUAACAUCAGUUCACUUGACGAUGGUAUUAAAAUACUACCUUCUACAAUAAGAUUUUGGAUUUAUCUUGUUAUUUUUAUUCCAUCAAUAAUUUGUUCAUUGUUUGUUCUUUAUUAUCUUCUUUUCACUGGAACAUUACGUCGUGCUCUUAAUAAUCAUACAAUUAUUGUUCUUAUUUUUAUUGGUCUUAUUUGUCAAUUAACUAUUUAUCCGUGGAUGCUCUAUUUCUAUAACAAUGGUAAUCAAUGGUAUAGAACAUUAACUUUUUGUAGUAUCUGGGGAUUUAUUGAUUGGGGAUUAUAUAUAACUCAAGUAAUACUCUUUGCUUGGACUUCAAUUGAAAGACAUAUUCUUAUUUUUCAUGAUCGAUGGAUAGCAAGAAAAAAGAAACGUUUUUAUAUUCAUUAUCUUCCUCUAAUAUUACUUACGCUUUAUUGUUUUAUAUUUUAUAGUAUUGUCUAUUUCGUUCCAUUUUGUAAAAAAUUCGUUCAAUAUAAUGUUGCACUAUGUAUUGACAAUUGCUUAUAUGAUAAUGAUAUAUUUUUCAUAUGGGAAACUAUAGUUCAUCAAAUACUACCAAACUUAAUUAUAAUUAUAGCUAGUAUUGCUUUACUUAUACGUAUUCUUAGACAAAAACACCGUGUAAGUCAACGAAUUCAAUGGGGAAAACAUCGAAAAAUGGCAAUACAAUUAUUAUCAAUAUCAUUUCUUUAUUUGAUAUUCUCAUUUCCAAAUACAAUCUUGAUUCUUAUCUAUCUAUGCGGUUUAUCAUAUGACAUUGGCCAUAAUGUUAAAAUAUAUGCAGAAUUCUUUAGUUAUUUAGUUAUACUUUUUUUUCCCUUUGUUUGUAUCUUUUCAUUACCUGAACUUCGAAAAAAAAUCACAAGAAUUUUAUUAUUACGAUCAACAGCAAUAUCUGUUUAUCCUGAAACCUGUACUAUGAGAUAUAAUACAAAUACGCAACAUAUUAGUAUAUUACAAAAUAGAGUUCAAUAA